AUGUUUGCGGACCCGAGUCGCGAUUCGGCUUGGUACCACCGAACCGAACCCUGCCUCGAUAUUCGCCGCCGCCUAGUUUUGUCGUUACAGCUCAUUCUCGCCAGAUGCCCAUCUCUGACUAGCUCCAAAAACAGGCUUCGCGACAAGACGUACUGCCAUCCGUCUCAUGCAACAGCUGACUGGACAUUCCUCGUCGAUCAACAGCUGGCCAGCAUCGCCACCUGCUCAUCCUUAUUUGCAAAUCUGUCCGCUACUCAGUAG